CUUUGAAACUUGCCCGGCCACUUCGUUUGGUAAAAGAGCUACGGUUGUGUGUUGUACAGUAUUGUAAGGUCCUAUAUGCAGAUUAACAAAGUUAUUCUUUGGCGAAUAGAAAAAAGAACCUCUUCUGGGAUCCCACGUAUGCGUCAUAUUUCAGCUCAUAAUCGAGGAAACGUAUGCUUUGCAUUUAGUUCAUAUAAGCUUUAGAACUGUGUGCAGUAUUUGUGGCCGUUGAAGGUAAAUUUCCGUUGGAAAUAUUGUGAUUGCAUUGGCGAAGAAAAUGGUCAUGAGACGUCUUAAAUUCAUCAGCAAUGUACGACCAUUCCUUCCCGUUAUUAUCGGAUUAUCACUCGGGUUUAGCAUAAGCAUCGUUCGAAUGCCAAUAUUAAACGAAGACUGCGUAUUUGUCUCUGAAGAGCAUAUUGAUAGGAAACUUAAUUCCAUUCCUGGAGCAAAGUUUCACCCGGAAAAUGGAUUACCGAAUUCCGAUUUUAAAACUAUGAGCAAGGAAGAAGCUGAAGCAUAUAGAAAAGAUCGGGAAUACGCCCCAGCAGUUUACGAUUCCUUAGAAGAUUUUGAGCCGCGUAUAAUCACUGAUCCAGAACUAAAACCAAAAGUUGAUGUCAAUUUGGAAGCAAAUAAGAAAAAGAUUGUCCGAACACGUUACAUCAGUACCGAACUUGGAAUAAGAGAAAAACUUGUGUCAGCUGUCAUUACUUCAUCGGACACUUAUCUUAGUAUGGCUGUAGCAAUGAAUAAGACCUUCAGCCACCACAUGCAGAAAGUGAUUUUCUUUAACGGAGAGAGCGUAGCAAAUGACAAAGCACCAACAGCUCCAGGAAUGACACUCGUCACUCACCCCGAUGACAACCCAGUUCGGAUCUUGUCUCUUACAUUGAAAUACUUACAUUUAAAGUUCAAAUCAGAGUACGAUUGGUUCUUUAUUACCACGGACAGCACGUACGCACAAGCAGACCGUGUUAACCACAUUGUUGACCAUAUCAGCAUAAACCGACGACUCUACCUUGGAAAACCAAUGUCCUACAAUGACAAACUUGGCGUGGUCAACUACUGUAGUAUAAAAAGUGGAUUUAUCAUUUCUCGUCUUCUCCUCCUUGACCUCGCGAUGCAGCUUGAUGCUUGUUCUGAGGAUGGAUCUCAAGCAUCUUUAUCUCCCGACAAAUGGCUCGGACGAUGUAUCAAACGAGCCACAAGUGGCGCUGUGGAGUGCGUAGACGAAGAAGAGGCUAUCUUCUACCAUACAUUUAACAUGGAGAACAGCAACCUUAACUUUGAGGUGGAAACCACACCCGAGUUUGAAGAAGCUGUUACCGUUUCAGGGGUGAAUUCGCCACAAAUGAUGUUCCAACUGCACAAGAAAUAUUCACAGCUUGAGAUUGACAAAGCUUAUAAAGAAAUUGGGGAAAUACAGGAUGAAAUUAAAUCUUUGGUGCCCAAACUGCCAGAAGGUGAGCGGGAAUUAUCUUGGCCAAUCGGAAUUAAUCCUUCAUUUAAACCGACCAAUCGGUGGGAUAUUAUUGUUUGGGAUUAUUUCACGGAGGAUUACACUUUAACUUGCCCUGGGGAAGUACCAAAGUGUGAUUUAACCGGUGUAGACAAACUAGACAUUCAGAAUAUUCUACAGAUUGCAUUGGAUCGACUGAAUGAGAAAUAUAAUCCACAAGGGUUAAUCCUCGAGAAGAGGAAGUUAAUCAACGGGUACCGAAGAUUUGAUCCUCAGAGAGGAAUGGAGUACAUUCUUGAUCUUCUUCUAACCGUCAUCAUGGAGAACGAAAAUCAAGAAAUUGAGCUGAGUCAUCGUGUUAAUAUGCUCCGUCCGCUGAGUCAGGUUGAAAUUAUUCCAAUGCCUUAUGUGACUGAAUCAGCCAAAGUUCAUAUAAUUCUCCCUCUCACCAAGCAAGAACGAGUUUAUUUUGAAGCUUUCAUGGAUAAAUAUGCCAAGGUUUGUUUAAACAAUGAUGAAAAUGUCGCUUUAAACAUUGUGUUCGUGUACGACCCUGAAACUGCGCAACGUAUUCAUCAAGAUGAUAUAUUUGCUGAGCAGAAACAACUUUUGCAAAGUUACGAGGCGCGUUAUAAGAAAGAUGGGAAAGAAGGAAAAUUGAUUCCCUGGGUUAGCAUUAAAACUGAAGUUCCUUCACAGUUAAAAACAAUGGAUAUCGUUGCUAAGAAAUAUCCAACAGAAAGUUUGUUCCUUUUAACAAGUGUGGCAGCUAACAUGAAUACAAACUUUCUGAACCGAUGUAGAAUGAAUGCCAUUCCAGGUUGGCAAGUAUUUUUCCCGAUCCCCUUCUCACAGUACAACCCACAGAUUAUUUUCCAGAAUGGUCAAGUACCUGAACAGAUUGACAUUAAGCCUUCCAACGGACAUUUUGAUUUGUAUUCAUUUGAUGAAGUUUGUUUCUACAACUCUGACUACAUGGCUUCGAGAACAAAAAUGGCCGCCACUGUCAGUGCCGAAGACAGCAAAGAGUCUUUAAGUGACCUGGUUGACACGUUAGAGGUGUACGACAUCAUGAUUAAGUAUUCACAACUCCAUGUGUUUCGUGCGGUAGAACCACAACUCACACGAAGAUAUGUGCACAGGAAUUGCAACAAGAGAAAUGGCCAGGAAAUCUUUGACCGUUGUGAACGUAGUAACGCUGAAGGCCUCGCAUCUAGAACACAAUUAGCCAUGGAGCUCUUCCCAGAAAACAAAGAACCUAGCAAAACUUGAACAAACUGGUUCAAUCAAGUUUUGCAUCAAAUUUUGCCACGAACUUACUAACCGAAGUUAUUUUUAGAAAAUAUACUUUUGUGCUAUUUUUAUACCAUACUCUUUUAAGUUAUUUUACAAAAAAUCGAUAUCUUUAUAAGCUGCAAUUUAGAAUACCAGUUGUUUCUUUUUACUUGCGUCGUUUUUAGCUCUUCUCCUUCAAGUAGCCUUAUUAUACACACAAUAUUUUAUGUGUAUGUUUACCGCCAGUCAUUGGAAAAAUCUUCAAUUAGAAAAUUUGGUGCUGUUUUCAUAACAAAUUAAAUAAUUUAAAAAAAUUUGGUGGCUUUUUUAAACAAAUUUUUUUAAACAAAUUGAAAAAUAAGUGAUCAGGCACUAAGCUCAUAUAAAACCAACUUUUUCAUCCUUUUAUUUUUUGUCACUUUUCACUGUUCACCAUUCUCACUAUUAAUACAGCUGUAGCAAUCAUCUCUUCUGUAUGUCUGUUCUAGUUGGUGUAUUUUUAUUCACAAAUCUUACAUUACAAUCUUAAAUGAACGUAUAUCAUAAACUAAAUACCCAAUCUCUUUUAACACAUAUUUACAUCCGUGUUUUUUAUUGUGUUUCAAGCUGACUAUUGUUAACUUCCGUCUGAUACUAUUUUAUUUUACCCAUUCACUAAAAAGUGAUCUUUCGCUUUUUAACUUCCAUUGAGCCGACAAUGCAGUAAAAUAUAUUUUGUGAGUGUACUAUAUUAUCGCAGUAACGAGAUGCAAUUAAACUUCACACUAUUUUA